AUGGACAAGCUCGUCAAGGAGCUUGCUGACGCUCACGCAUCAGGCAAUGGCUAUGUAGUUGCGCAGCUCCUUCUACCCUUGUCUCCGCCCGACCAGCCUGAUCGGCUCCGGUCUAUAGCUCGGAGCACAAAUGCAGCAUCAGUGAAGAAGGAUGUCACUCGGGCAAUGAGGAGGUCUUCCUACAUCAGCAACUUAACGAAUGAAGAGUUUACUGGAUGGGUAGACAUUCUUGCCGCGUACUGGAAGGCAGUGUCCGCAAUUGUACCAUUGGCUGAGCAUAUCAAUGAUAAUGACAAGGCUGCUUCGUGGACAAGAGUGUACGAGACCUGGAAAGAGCUUACGUCGACUGUCAUCAGGGGUUAUUCGAAUUAUGGUUUCGAGGCUUGGACAAUCCCGUGUCUAUAUGUCAUGGGAAAGCAUCUGAGGCUGUAUGCCAUGAAGUCGGACCAAGAGAGGUCCAACAACCCCGCUGCAGAUAGAGGCCCAUCUUAUGCGGAUGAUUUUGACCCUGAAACGGAAAGGAACGGGCAACUACGCGAUUGUGAGCAGGUACUAAAGCGCAUAUUUACGCUCUGCCUGAGUGAUAGGGCACCGGUCGAGACCUCGAGAAAAUGGGGCAUCUACUUCAUUAUCAAUCUUCUGUUCAAGACUUAUUUCAAGCUCAACUCGGCGAGUUUAUCUAGGAAUAUCCUAAAGGCACUUACUGCGUACAAGGGAGACAUGCCGCCUCUGUCUGCCUUCCCAAAGUCACAGAGGGUAACGUUCAAGUACUACACUGGCGUCCUCGCCUUCUUGGAGGAAAAUUACAGGGAGGCUGAGGAUCAUUUGAUGGAAGCGUGGCAACUCUGCCACAAGAAUUCUAUCCGGAAUAAGGAGCGAAUUCUAACAUACCUCAUUCCUUGCCGUCUCCUGACCACUCAUACACUUCCGAGCAAAGCACUUCUCGAGCCUUACCCCACCCUCCAGAACCUAUUCCUCCCCAUCGCUCAAUGCAUAAGAAGUGGUGAUCUUCACGCGUUCGACGUCGCGCUCCAGGAGCACGAAGAGGCGUUUGUCAAGCUGAAGAUUUAUCUCGCGCUUGAGCGCGGACGCGACAUUGCCAUGAGGAAUUUAUUCCGGAAGGUGUUCAUUGCUGGAGGAUUCGACGAAUCGAAGGAACCAGACGCUGCCCCGAUCAGGCGCACUCGCAUACCCGUAGCCGAGUUCCAGGCUGCAAUCAACCUCAAGUCCGAGGGAGAUAGGAUUGAUACCGAUGAGGUGGAAUGUUUCUUGGCAAAUAUGAUUUACAAGAACCUCAUGAAAGGCUACAUCGCGAGGGAGCGAGGCAUGGUGGUGUUGUCAAAAAACGGUGCUUUUCCCGGCACAGGGGUAUGA